UCUUCCCGCCCUCCCCUUUUUUAAUACCAAAUCCCACCUCUUCAUCCCCAAAACCCUCUUUUCUUUUCUUUUUCCUUUUAUCUCUCUCUCUCUCUGUUUAGUCCUUACAGAUUCCGAUCUCCUCUCCGUUACAUCGCCCUCUUCUCAGAAAGGUCAUCAAUUUCCGUUUUCUUCAAUUUCCCCCGAUUUAUCACCUAUCCCCUCUCGCUUUCAGUUUUCCUCUUCUUUUUUUUCCUUGAUUUUUCUGCAAUCUAUCACUGAUUUCUUCUUUCUUGUGAUGAGUUCUUCAGUUUGAUCCGGUCUGGGCCGAUCCCCAUGGUUUUCGCCGGGGAUCACGAAGAGACUCAGGUCUUAGACGUCGAUUCCCCUCCGCUACCGGGAGUUCGAUCUGAUGAGGAGACUGAUGAUGGUGGUCAUGAUGAUGAUGGUGAUGGGGUGAGUCUUGAUCAGGAUAUAAUGCUGAUGGGCGAUACACUUCCAAUCGAGAGCUUGAGAGAGGUUCCUAAACUAUAUGGUGAGACCCAAGCGCUGGAUGACCCCGAUAAUGUUGCCGGCGAUGAGGAUGGGGGUGUCGAUGGCUGGGGCAAGACGCAGUUGGUGGAGAGUGGUGAUGAAGGGGCGGAGACGAAGGCAAAUGACUGGGGCAAGACGCAGUUGGUUGAUAGUGGUGAUGAAAGGAUGGACACGAAUGACUGGGGCAAGACACAAUUGGUUGAUAGUGGAGAUGAAAGAAUGGACACGAAUGACUGGGGCGAGACACAAUUGGUUGAUAGUGGUGAUGAAGGGACGGAGAUGACUGAGGUACUGAGCGGCGAUGAAGGGUUGUCCGAUGAUGGGGCUACUCCUUGUGGAGAGAAGAGGAAAAGUGGAGGUAUGGAGCUGGAGAUGAAGAAAAGGGUGAAUGGGGAUGGUUUGUGCUCGGAUGAACAAGGGCACGACAAUGGUUUGGUGGAUUUGGAUGCUUCAACUGACGAAGACGAUGGUGCAGGAAGUUCAAGGAGGACCUUCACUGCAGUUCGUAUAGCAUCACUGCGGUCUUCUGGUCUUGCUGCUGCUCGCAAAUUUGACUCUAAGAUAAGUGGUGCUGAGUCAAAAUCUUUGCUUAGUAAUGCUCAAUGUAGUAAAGAGCAAAAUGGUGUUUUAGGUGGACAGGCUGGUGAUAUGGCCACUGGGAGGGAUCUGUGGCCAACUGAAGCAGGUGAAUUAGACCUGAACCAUGAGAUUGAGAACUCCCAUGGGUGUAUUCAGGACUGCAAUAAAAAUGGGAUCAACACAACAGUGAAAAAACUUUUUUAUGAAGUGACACCUUCCGAGGAGGAUAAAACCACAGUUAAGACUGACAACAUUGUUGGAAAAGGGGACUUGCCUCUUUCACUCCCAACUGAUUCUGCUCUUGCAGGAUUAAGCUAUGUUGAGUCACAAGAACCUGGUGAUCUGUCCCAAGCUAAUGCUUUAGAGAUUGUAGAUAAGUUUCUUUCUGUUAAUUAUAUGGAAUCAUCUCAAGAAGCUAACACUCGAAAAGCAACGGAUAUGGUGAAGUCACCGCCCAUUUCCAGUACAAAAGGAGCUCAGUGUUUGGCUGAAAAGACUGAUCAUAGAAGUCCAGUUGGAAAGGCAGGAAUCUUUGACUGGAUUGACAGUCUUGAGGAUGAGGGUGGAGGUGAAUUCUUCAGCAGAAGAAAAGAUUCCUUUUUUGAAAGCAAAAGCAGUUCACGAAAAUCACAAAGCCAUCCCCUAAAGGCUAGACAUCCUAUCUCUGAAGUAACCAGAGGUGCAUUUGAUAAGAGUGGUGAGAAGGAAUGUGCGAACCCUGAUGGCAGGAAAAUAACAAUGUUCGCCCAUUCAGAUUCAAGAUUGAAGAUGCACAAUUCGACAACAAGUAAAGUGAUACGUAUUUCUGAAACAAAGACAAAGAAGAGUCUUUUCAAGGAUAUGGAUGAACAAUCAAACCCAAAAUCUCUAAAGCAGCAUCCGCAAGCAACUGAUGUUGAGGGUGGUAUUGAAGGUUUAUAUGAUGUUGGCCCUGAUACUCAAAUGGCAGCUGAAGCUAUUGAGGCCUUAGUUCAUGCACCUCCUGUUGAUUAUGUAGAGGAGGAGAAUCAACAUGUAGUAUCAGAACAUUUGAAUGAGAAUUCCAGAAAAGGUCUAAGUAGAAAGACGACUUCAUCAAAGAAAGAUUUUCUCCGAAAAAGGGCUUCUGUUACCGAUUUAGAAGGCACCAUAACACGAUCUAAACAUAGAAGGAUGCUUCAUACCAAAUCAAGGAGAGUGGGAAGCCCAAGUUUUUCUAGAGAAAACUCAAGUAGAUCAAGAAUGAAAAAGUGUUCAGAUGACAAAAGGAGGAAAACAAAAUCAAAGAGGGAAGUGUGGAAUCAAGAGGUGCAAUUAAAUGCUACAAGUUUGGUCAAUGGAAAUGCCUCAUCCAGAUCUCUCAAGGGAGAGAAGACCCAAGGUGCAAUGGAUGGAACUUUCAGUAAAGAGGCUGACAAAUGUCACAGUCCACUGACAUCAGAUGGCCAGCCUUCAGUGCACAAGGAGUUCACGCCAGGGGAGUAUCAUGUGAAUGCUACACCCGUUGCACAUCGAACCAGGCAUUCCAAAAGACUCAACUUAUCAAAAGACACUGAAGUUUCAUCUAGUGAAUACAGGAAGGAUAUAAACAAGCCAACAAGAAGAAUUAUUCCUGGGUCCAUGGAAAGACAGGAUAUGCUUGUUCUCAAUCCAUCUGGACCAUUGAAUGCCAGAAAAGGAAGUGUGGAUAUGGGUCCGGAUCAAACUGCCAGGGUCGAAAGGACUUCUACAUUGCAUACUACCAUGCAGAAUAUUGAGAGGCUACAAGAAGAUGAACUUGAAAACAGUUCUAUGAUAAAAGAUGCUUCUAACCACCCUAAACGGAGGAGAACCGGUCAGAUUACUUCAGGUAACCCAAACAUGACCAGCAACUUGAACGAACCAUCUAUACCAGAUGACUGUUUGCUGGCAACAAAUAAGCAGUCCUGCAAACAACAAGGAAGAAAAAAGGUCUUUAUCAGAAGUGUUUCUGAAAUUUUAGAUGCUGCAAAGCGGAAAAGAAGAUCUGUUUUCACACGCAUAACAUAUCAAGCUGAUGGAAGGCCUUCUGUUCCAGGAGAAUCAUCGUUAGUAUCUGGUGUGAGAACAAGGUCGUCUUCAUCCAAACCAUAUUCAGAAAAGGAUUCCAAGGGAUGUUUUUCUAGGCCAGUUUCACAUGAAGCUUGUUCAGCUGAUGCAGCUAAUAAUUGUUCCAGUGGUGUCAUAAGCACUGGAGAGCAUCCUAAAGAAGCAGCAUUACCUAAGCACGGUGUAUAUUCUACACCUCAUGUUGAAGAUGCUGAAGAACAUGCCAAACCAGAAGGGACACCUAAAGAACAGGUUCAGCAAUCUGGUUUAACAUGCAAAUCUUCUUCAAAGAAUGUAGAUGCAGUUUCUCCUGUUUGUGUGGCUCAAGAUCCUCCUAGAACAUGCAAUAAAGGUUUAUCAAAGUCACUAUUUCUCAGAGAACUUCAUAGACUGAAAGCCACUGAAGCAGCUUCAACUCCGGCUCUGAAAGAUUUGCGAAGAAGAAAAGAUAUGGGCAGUGUUCGUGUUUUGUUCAGCCAUCACUUGGAUGAGGAUAUAAUCAAGCAGCAGAAAAAGAUUUUGGGACGCUUAGGAGUGCCUAUUGCAUCUUCGAUUUCAGAUGCUACACAUUUUGUCACGGAUAAGUUUUUUCGCACAAGGAAUAUGCUAGAAGCAAUUGCUUUUGGUAAACCAGUGGUUACUCAUUUAUGGCUUGAAAGCUGCGGACAAGCAAGCUGUUUUAUUGAUGAGAAGAAUUACAUAUUGCGAGAUGCUGAGAAGGAAAAGGAGAUAGGAUUUUGCAUGCCUGUUUCGUUGGCUUGUGCAUGCCAAAGUCCACUCUUGCAGGGCAAAAGAGUGUUCAUAACUGCAAAUGUAAAACCUACUCUAGAGAUUAUUACAAGCUUGGUUAAGGCAGCUCAUGGCCAGCCAAUGGAGAGAAUUGGGAGAUCUGCAAUGAAGGAAGAAAAAGUGCCAGAUGAUCUUUUGGUAAUUUCUUGUGAAGAAGAUUAUUCCAUCUGCAUACCUCUCCUUGAGAAAGGAGCAGGGGUUUUCAGCUCGGAGCUUUUACUAAAUGGUAUAGUCAUCCAGAAGCUGGAAUACGAGAGACAUCGACUCUUUUUGGAUCAUGUUAAACAAACCCGCUCGACAAUAUGGUUAAGACACAAAGAUGGAGACCAGUUUCUUCCUGUCAACAAGUGUGCAUAGCUAGCUCCCCUAAAUGUUGAAGCUCUCUACAUCUAUUUCAUCAGCUCUUUGUGGAGGGAUUUCAUUAAAUUAAGAGCUAAGUUAACGGUACUGGGUUAAGAUAAUGCAGGGUGUAUUGUAUGUAUUAAAUACGUCUCUGCAUUUAUCUUUUGUUUCCCUUUUUUUAUCUUAUGAAGAUGUAAAUUAGGUAUUCCAUUUUUAAUUAUAGUGUCUAGUCCUCUCCAAGAGGAUUUUUGUUAAAUCUGCACCUUUCUCUGCAUGACCCGUAAUCAUGAUAUCGUUCCUAAGGUGAAAAAGGUGAGCUUCCUAAUGACUAAGCUUGUAUUGUAUUGAGAUGGCUGUUUCUUCCUUUUU